CCUCAAUUAGGACAAAUGCAGUGUCAAAGGCGUGCCUUGUGUUGACCCCCCGCACCAGCAAGAACGUAGGUGUGUUUGAUCUGUGAAGAAUGGGCUACCUCGGGAAGAAACAGCCACAGGGCGCGGAGGGUGGGCAGGCUACGGUUGGAUAUAGUGGGAACGUAUACCAUGACAUAGCCCCAGCACCCGUCGUUGACAACAGUCCCUUCACCAAUCCAUACGAAGUAUCUCUGCCUAAAGGCACAGACGACACCUUCAUUGCUCCAUCAAUUCGAUCGCCUCCAACAGCGACGUUCGCAUCUCUUGCUCUAGUGAACCCUUCCAACCGCAUAGCCAUUGCUCAAAAAGAUCGUAUUUCUGGUACUUGGACCAUCGAUACUGAGCUAUAUGUCCUAAUUCCAACUCCUCCCGUCUUUGGGAUCCGUAACCCAUUCGCAAACUUGUCACUGAGGUCGUCCUCGGGACUCAAAGCCGAUAUCCAAGUUGUGGCAAAUGAUGGAGCUCUAAGACCGACGGCAGUGAUAGAUUGCAUAGCGACGUCUAAAAAAGCUAUUGUUCGUAUUGUUUCUCGAGACCAUCAGCGAAUCAAGCUUUCCGUGACGAGCGACAAAUCAGAUGUCUAUUUAGCUCUUCCCGAUGAUUAUUCUGGAUACAUCACGUACACGAUGACAGGGGCUAAAAAGCCAAAGGACACGUUCUCCCAUGCCAUCAUGGAUCACUUCUCGAUGCUCGAGACUGGAUCCUUCACUUACGGUCCAGUUCGUGGAACUAUCGGCGAGGCAGGGGAUUUCGAAGAUGCAGAAAAGGUGGAUGAAGUGAACGUGGAGGCGAAGAAUGGGAAAUUAUACCUUUCUUAUUAUUCGCAAGAUUUUGGGACGAAUCCGUUCACUUGGGGAUAUAGUCAAGGCAAAGAAGGGGCUUCCCGGAACGAUUAACGUUGGGAGCACGUACGUUCAUUAUGCGAACUUUCAUGCGUUCACUUCACAUUGCUUCAUUUCUGCCUCAUUUUAUACACUCGGUUCUGGUGUUGUCUGUUCCUCGUUCGAGCCUAGCUCUUCUCCAUCUGCUUUGUAUUUCCUCUAGAAUAUCUGUCGUGUGUUUGCCCUGAGAUCAGAUUGGGUGUUACUGUAAUGCGCAAACAAUGAAUCGACACCGCAUUUGGACUUCUGAAGACUUUUUUUUUCUGGAGUCCAAAAUCC